AUGGUGCUGGCAGCAGCCAUGAGCCAGGACGCGGAUCCCAGCGGUCCCGAGGCAGCCGACAGAGAUGCCUGCGUGGUGCCGGGUGUCCAGGCGCCCCCCGCGCCCCAGGGCCCGCGAGGGAUGCAGCAGCCGCCCCAGCCGCAGGCCAGCCUGCCCCAGCUCAUCCAAAACGCUGCCAAGCUCCUGGACAAGAACCCCUUCUCCGUCAGCAACCCGAACCCUCUGCUCCCUUCGCCUGCCAGUCUCCAGCUGGCCCAGCUACAGGCCCAGCUAACCCUCCACCGGCUGAAAUUGGCACAGACAGCAGUCACCAACAACACUGCGGCCGCCACCGUUCUUAAUCAAGUCCUCUCCAAAGUGGCCAUGUCCCAGCCUCUCUUCAACCAGCUGAGGCAUCCGGCCGUGCUCGGUGGCCCCCAUGGCCCCACUGGGGCGUCUCAACAUGCUGCCACCAUACCCAGUGCGCGGUUUCCCUCAAACCCCAUUGCCUUUUCACCUCCCAGCCAGGCGCGAGGCCCAGGGUCUUCAGUGAGCCUCCCCAGCCAGCCUCCCAGCGCCGUGAUGGUGCAUCCUUUCAGUGCGGUGAUGCCGCAGACCCCCGCUCAGCCGGCGGUCCUCCUGGGCGUCGGGAAGGCUGGGCCCGCACCCGCUUCGGCGGGAUUCUACGAGUAUGGCAAAGCCAAUCCUGGCCAGGCCUACGGCUCCGACACAGACGGUCACCACGGCUUCCUGCCAACUUCGGCGUCCGCCUCAGGCAGUGUGACCUAUGAAGGGCACUACAGCCACACAGGGCAAGAUGGCCAAGCUGCCUUUCCCAAAGACUUCUAUGGAUCCAGCGCUCAAGGGUCACAUGUGGCAGGUGGAUUUCCAGCUGAGCAGGCAGGGGGCAUGAAAGGGGAGGUCGGGGUGUUGCUGCAAGGUACAAACAGCCAGUGGGAGAGCCCCCCUGGAUUCUCUGGCCAAAGCAAGUCUGAUCCCAACCUGUGGCCCCCGCCCCCCAGCCAGCCCUAUGAGCUGUAUGACCCUGAGGAGCCCACCUCCGAUCGGACCCCUCCAUCCUUUGGGGGCCGGCUUAACAACAGCAAGCAGGGGUUCAGCGGUGCACGACGGAGGGCCCAGGAGGAGCAGGCGAUGCUGUCCAUGCGGCCCCUGCAGGCUCAUGAGCUGAAUGACUUCCAUGGGGUAGCCCCCCUUCACUUGCCACACAUCUGUAGCAUCUGUGACAAGAAGGUUUUUGACUUGAAGGACUGGGAGCUGCAUGUGAAAGGGAAGCUGCAUGCUCAGAAAUGUCUGCUCUUCUCUGAGAGUGCUGGCAUCCGCUGUAUACUUGCUUCAGCAGAGGGGACACUGUGUACCUCCCCCAACAGCACGGCUGUUUAUAACCCUACUGGGAAUGAAGAUUAUGCCUCAAAUCUUGGAGUGCCAUACGCAGCCAUUCCAGCAAGGUCCUUUGCUCAGUCAAAUCCCACGUUCCCUACAGCUUCCUUGGGGACAAAUUUUGCACAGCGGAAAGGUGCUGGACGUGUGGUGCACAUCUGCAAUCUACCAGAGGGCAGCUGCACUGAGAACGAUGUGAUUAACCUGGGGCUGCCCUUUGGAAAGGUCACUAAUUACAUCCUCAUGAAGUCAACUAAUCAGGCUUUUUUAGAGAUGGCUUACACAGAAGCUGCCCAGGCCAUGGUCCAGUAUUACCAAGAAAAACCCGCUGUGAUCAACAGUGAGAAGUUGCUCAUUCGGAUGUCCAAGAGAUAUCAGGAAUUGCAGCUAAAGAAACCCGGGAAAACUGUGGCGGCCAUCAUCCAGGACAUCCAUUCCCAGAGGGAGAGGGACAUGUUCCGGGAAGCUGACAGAUACGGCCCAGAGAGGCCACGUUCUCGUAGCCCAGUGAGUCGGUCACUGUCUCCCAGGUCCCACACUCCAAGCUUCACCUCCUGCAGCUCUUCCCACAGUCCUCCAGGCCCCUCCAGGGCUGACUGGGGCAAUGGCCGGGAAUCUUGGGAGCACUCUCCCUACGCAAGGAGGGAUGACGAGCGAGAUCCUGCUCUCUGGAGGGAGAACGGGGAGGACAAGAGGGACAGAACAGACAUGUGGGCACAUGAUCGCAAACACUACCCCAGGCAGCUGGACAUAGCUGAGUUGGAAGAGAGACUUGAAGGAGGGCGGGGCCACCGAGAAAAGUACCUGAGGUCUGGGUCCCCCAGCCCGCUCCAUGCUGCGUCCACUCACAAAAGUCGAGAAGAUGGUUACUAUCGGAAAGAUCCCAAAGCCAAGUUGGAUAAGUACUUAAAGCAGCAGCAGGAUGCUCUGGGGAGGUCCAGGAGGAAAGAGGAAGCCAGACCACGGGAGAGCAGGCACCCCCACCUGGAGGACUCGGGCAAGGAAGAUGGGCAGGAGCCCAAGGCUGUUAGGGCCCCUGAGGAGGCCAAGUCCAAGCACAGUGAAAAAAAUAAAACCAAGAGACCUGAUAGAGACCAAGAAGAAGCUGAUUAUAAAAAAGAAAGCAAAAUGGCAGAGAAUGAGGCUGGAAAAGAGGAAGAGGAGGGCAUGGAAGACAGUGCCCAGUCAGUGAAAAGACAGGAGAAAGGGACAGAGUCUGCCGACCCAGAAAGCACAAGGACAAAGAAGGAGCAAGACUUGGAGAGUGAAAGUGAGGCUGAAGGGGAAAGCUGGUACCCCACAAACAUGGAAGAGCUGGUCACAGUGGACGAGGUGGGGGAAGAAGAGGAUUUCAUCAUGGAACCGGACAUCCCAGAGCUAGAAGAAAUUAUACCCAUUACCCAGAAAGACAAGCUCUGCCCUGAAAUAUGUCCCUGUGUGAUAGCCUCCUUAGACUUGGACUCGGACAAGGAUUUCACGAAGGAAGGAGACACCAUGGGGAACGGGGCUGCAGAACUGAGCCUCAAGCUGCCCAGACAACUGCCUCCUGCUUCCACGCGUUGUCCCAGUGACACGGCCGUGGAGAUGCCUGGCCUAAAUCUGGACGCUGAGCAGAAGCCAGCUGAAUGUGAGACAGGCCUCUCACUGGAGGACUCAGAUUGCUACGAGAAGGAGGCAAGAGGAGCAGAGAGCUCAGAUGUGCGGCUGGCCCCUGCAGCCCCGCAAAUGUCUUCCCCUCAGCCAGCAGAGGAGAGGGUCCGCGAGGCGAGCCCCUUUCUCCACGACUGCAAGGCCAGGGGGACCCCUGAAGAUGGGGCUUGUGAAAGCAGCUCCCUGGAAGAAAAAGCCAGCCCCCCCACUGAAAGCGACCUCCAAGGCCAGGCUUGCCAAGGCAUGUUGACCGAGGAAAACUCCAGGUAUAUGGAAAUGAAAUCUCUGGAUACGAGGUCACCAGAAUUCACUGAAGUGGAGCUGAAAGAACCCCUUUCUUUGCCUUCCUGGGAACCGGAGGAUGUGUUCAGUGAACUUAGCAUUCCUUUAGGCGUGGAGUUCGUGGUUCCCAGGACUGGGUUUUAUUGCAAGCUGUGUGGCCUGUUUUACACAAGUGAGGAGGCGGCGAAGGUGAGCCACUGCCGCAGUACUAUCCACUACAGGAAUUUACAGAAGUACCUAUCCCAGCUAGCAGAGGAGGGCCUGAAGGAGACGGAGGGGGCCGGCAGCCCGAGCCCUGAGGACGGCGGAAUUGUGCCACACUUUGAGAGGAAACGGCUCUGAUGCUACAGCUACUGGUGCUGUCUCGGGAAGUUGGGCAGAAAGGUCUGCUGAGGUGGGAGCCACCCAGCCUUGGGGACAGGAAUGACACCAGAGAGAAAGGAUUGUCAGCCAGGCAGGGCAUGGUGCUUGGCCUUGUUUCCAGAAACCUCGUUAAAAUGCCCCCAAAGUUUCUCCCAAGACCCAAGUCACCCUGGCCUGUCCAGUCAUCGAGGGCCACCAGCUCCUUACACACUCUAGUUUCUUUCCCACAAACUUUCAGUUUGCUCUUCUCCCUUCCUCUUGCCUUCUGUGCCAAGAGUCAUUUCCUUUUCAUAAAAUCCAAUGUCUCAGGGAUUGUCAGUGUUUUUAAAGUUUUGAUAGGAUAUGACAGCUCAGGUGAGCUGAACCAUGAGAGGAGAAGGCCGGGCAGAAGUCCUUGCACGUGGGGACCUCGUCACUGAAUCUCCAGCACUCUUGCAGCCCGGCCUCUGUGCGUCCCAUGGAUAGGGAGAGAAGAGUUGGGUCCUGUGGUUCUGAGACCACUCACCAAAGAGAACCAGCUGGCAAACAUGGGAGUAGCUUCAUUGAGUUUCCUCAGCUGGACUUCACUGGCUUGAAAAGCCCCUGUUUUUCUUUCUUUUGGAGGGGGAGAGGAAGGUGGUGUCUGGAAUUAAACCCAAGGCCUUGGGCAUUUUAAGUGGGCACUCUACAAUAGAGUUACAUCUCCAGCCAAAAGCUCCCUUUUUAAUAGAAUUUUCAUUGUCUCAAUUAUUCUAGGGCUCUACCAGGUUUAUACUUUAAAGUAAAAUCCAAUUAAUUUUAUAGAGAAAAUAAGAGCUCUUUAUUGUGGGAGCUCUGAUAGGCUCCAUCCAAACUCCCUUGCUCCCUCUUGAUUGCAGAAGGUGUCAGGAUUUGUCCUCCUCAGGACAAUGCAUUUGGUCUAGGUUCGCUUUAAUUAAAAACGACAACAGCUGUAUGUUCUUCCUCCAGCUAAAGUGCAGUUGGUGUGGGCCAAGGGUACAAGCUGGCUUCUGCAAUUUGAGGCAUUGGUUUGACUCAGAAUAAAGGAACGGCCAUCUGACCUUGACUCACCCUGGGUGCCUCUGCUCUGGGGUCCAACUGACCUCACCUCGGGGCGGUUUCUAAAUGAUUCCUCAGCGCCAGAGAAAAUAAGAGAGGACCAAAGAACAGCAUUGGUGUGCCGGGUGUCUGUAGGUAGGUGGGCCCAUUCUGACAACACAGGGGUUGGAAGGGCUCAAAGGGGUUGACCACAGGUACAAGCCUCGAAGUGAAGAUGUUGGGAAGAAAAGAUAGAGUCAGCCACCCACCUUACACAGGUCAUAUGGUGUUGGUGGAAGCUUUGGGGACAAAGAUGCUGGGAAUGAGGUUCUACCGGAGCCGUGGAGGGCAGGGAGAGCCUGGUGCAGUUUCCAUGGGCUGAGAUGUUCCACUGUAGGCUCACUACAUGGCUAAGCCUGAGAGAAUGAAAGAGAAGCAGAUGGCUUCUGAUGUGGGUUCUGUUCCUGGGUGC